AUGUUCAGAGCUGGCCCCAAGGUCACCUUCUAUGAAGACAGGAACUUCCUAGGCCGUUAUUAUGAAUGUGACAGUGACUGCCCUGAUUUUCACACCUACCUGAACCGCUGUAACUCCAUCCGGGUGGAAGGGGGAACCUGGGUAGCUUACGAGAGGCCCAACUUUGCUGGGAACAUGUACGUUCUGACCCACGGGGAAUAUCCUGACUACCACUACUGGAUGGGCCUUAACGAUCGUCUGGGCUCAUGCAAAACCAUCCAGAUACCAGGUGGAGGCCGGGGCCACAUUCAGGUCUUCGAGAAGGGUGACUUCGGCGGGCAGAUGUUCGAAGCCACUGAGGACUGCCCCUCGGUCAUGGAGGAGUGGCGCCUGCGUGAGAUCCACGCCUGCAGGGUGCUCGAGGGUGUCUGGGUCUUUUACGAGCACCCCAACUACCGGGGCCGCCAGUACCUGCUGCCCAAGGGCGAGUACCGCAAGCCGGUUGACUGGGGUGCCGGCACUGCUGCCAUCCAGUCCUUCCGCAACAUUGCCGAGUGA